GAGUGAUGAUGGACAUUGUCUGCUGUGACUUACUGGCAGUAGGACACCUGUAGUGAGCCAACAUGAUCUCCCAAACUAUGAAGAUGAUGAUGGUGGUGGUGGCUGGCCUGCUGGUGGUCACCCUGGCCCACGCUGACACCUCAACCUCAAGGUACGGUGGACACGGUGGACACGGUGGACACGGAGGUAGAUACCAUGGUCAUGGAAGUGGCAACAGUGGACAAGGUAGUAGCCACGGUGGACACGGAGGUAGAUAUUAUGGUCAUGGAAGUGGCAACAGUGGACAAAGCAGUAGCCACGGUGGACACGGAGGUAGAUACUAUGGUCAUGGAAGUGGCAACAGUGGACAAAGCAGUAGCCACGGUGGACACGGAGGUAGAUACUAUGGUCAUGGAAGUGGCAACAGUGGACAAAGCAGUAGCCACGGUGGACACGGAGGUAGAUACUAUGGUCAUGGCAAUGGCUACAGUGGACAUGGUCAUGGCUAUGGUGGACAUGGUCAUGGAUACGGCAACGGCUAUGGACAUGGAUACGGCAACGGCUAUGGAAGUGGAUAUGGUCAUGGUGGAUAUGGUCAUGGCUAUGGCAGUGGCUAAAGGAGUGGAUAUGGUUAUCGUCAUUAGAGUCAUGUUGCUUCUGAUGAGUUAGGGAGGCCACCAGGACUCGUCUCAAUAAAUUAUGAAUACAAUUUU